AUGCGGGACCGCAUUACCGGCAUACCUCAGAUCGGCAUCGUCGGCAUCAUUGCCCGCAACGGCAGGUUGGUGGCGUCGACCUACGAGUAUCCCUCGCCACCGGUCAAUCUCUCGGACCGUGAGGCGUUUCGGUUACCCAUGGCGCAGAACAACAACGACAUGCUGUUCAUCGCUCCUUCAAACGGUCGCGCGACGGGCCGCCCGACUUUCUAUCUCGUCCGUCGGGUUGCCGCCCGGUCGGGGGAAGCGCUCGGCGUGGUUUCGGUUGGUCUGAACGUCGACUACUUCGCGGAUUUCUUUCAUCGCGUUUCGAUCGGCGAAGAUAGCUGGAUCACGCUCUAUCGGGCGGACGGAACCAUCCUCGCCACGAGCGUGGACGGGCCCGACGGACUGGGCAAGCGCUUCGAGAAUGGCUUGCCGCGGCGGAUGAUCAUGAGUGGCGUCUCCGGACAGGCGGUUUUCACCGACGAGCCGAGCUGGCGCGAUCCCGAUCGGUCGAGGGCGCGGAUCGUGGUGGCGCGGGAAGUCGAUGGCUAUCCGGUCUUCGUCUCGCUGGUCAUCGGCAGGAGUGUCUUUCUGGCGCCCUGGGCCGCCGCAUCCCGAGUCGUUCUGGGCCUUGCGGUGGCGGCGACCGCGAUCACGUUGGCCGUCGCAAUCUGGCUGCUUCGGUUGCUCGCGAGAACCGAGGCCGCCAACCGGCUGGCGUCGGAGCAGAGCGUCCUGUCCGCCAUUGUGGAUACCCCGUCCGCCAUGACGGCCGUUCUGGACAAUGAAGAGAUCACGACGGGUAUCGCCCAUGAGAUCAGCCAGCCGCUGAACGUCAUUCGUAUGGCGGCACAGAACGCACUGACGGAGAUCGAACCCGAAGAAGGGGGUGCCGGGCACGAUGCGCCCGUGAUGUCGGAGGCCGAACUCAACAAGUUCGUUUCGGCCAAGCUGCACAGGGUGGUCGCCCAGGUCGACCGUGCGGCCUCCAUCAUCGACCGCAUGCGGAUCUUCAGUCGCUCCACCCGUCGGGGGCGUACCGAUUUCGACAUCCGGGACGCCUGCAGGAAUGCGAUCGCCCUCGUGCAGCAGCAGUUCGAGCGCAGCGGCAUCGAAAUCCGCACCAGUCUCGGCGAGAGGACGCUGCUCGUGAGAGGCUACCAGGUGACGCUGGAGCAGGUGUUGGUGAGCCUUCUCGUCAAUGCGCGCGAUGCGCUCCACCAACAGCGGCAGUCCGAGAAGUGGGUGCAGGUCGCCGUCAUGCCCGCGCCGCAGGGCGUGGUCGUGCUGGUCGCCGACAACGGGCCCGGUGUCCCCGCCGCCAUUCGCGACAGGGUUUUCGAGCCCUUCUUCACCACCAAAGCGGUGGGUGAAGGGACGGGCCUGGGCCUCGCGACCUCCUACGGCAUCAUCCGCGACGCCGGCGGCACGCUCUCGCUUUCAGAGACCGGGGAGGGCGCCACGUUCCGGAUCGAGCUUCCGACCGUGGCGAAUGCCGAAUCCGCCAUCGCCACCAGCGUCACCAUUGAACCAGGAAAGAACCCAUGA